AUGAGCUAUAAGUCGAAGCUGGAGCUAGAGCCAAGGCCAGAGCUAGAGCCAGAGCCAGAGCCAGAGCUAGAGCCAGAGCCAGAGCUAGAGCUAGAGCUAGAGCCAGAGCUAGAGCUAGAGCUAGAGCUAGAGCUAGAGCCAGAGCUAGAGCUAGAGCUAGAGCUAAAGAUAAGGCUAGGGCUUUGGGAUCUUGGCUGUGGGCUGGGGCUAGGACUUUUAUUGAUGAUGGUUAACGAUUUGUCUGUUACCUUCAAUUUGUAG